CCCACGCGACGCCCGGUCGUGGGCGGGCCCGCCUCGUCAGACGCCUGCUGCCGCUGCCGACCAAACAAACAAGGCGCGCACCGCACGGAGUCGCCGAGGACGGACGGACGAGUGGGACACACACACACAGCCCAGCCGCGCCCCGCCCCGCCCCGCCCCGCCCCGCCGAGGGAGGUGAGGAGCAGACUGCCGCGAUGCGGCGCGCCAGGCCGCCCACGGCUCCGGCGCCGGGCGCCGCCGGGGACGAGGCCGUCAAGUACCGCGGCGUGCGCCGGCGCCCCUCCGGCCGCUACGCCGCCGAGAUCCGCGACCCGGCCAAGAAGACCCCGAUCUGGCUCGGCACCUUCGACUCCGCCGAGGCCGCCGCCCGCGCCUACGACGCCGCCGCCCGCGACCUCCGCGGCGCCGCCGCCCGCACCAACUUCCCCUCCUCCUCCUCCUCCACCCCGCCCGCGCCCCCCGUCCCCGCGCCCGCCCCGCCGAUGGUGGUGGUGGCCGCCACGUCCAGCCACAGCAGCACCAUCGAGUCCUGGAGCGGCGGCGGCGGCGCGCCCGUCCUCGUCCGCGCCCCCGCGAUCGGCGCGCCGGCCGUCGAGGAGGACUGCCGCAGCUACUGCGGGUCCUCCUCCUCCGCGCUGUGCGAGGACGGCGCCUCCGCCGAGGCCGCCGCCCCACUCCCCUCCACGUCCCUGCCCUUCGAUCUGAACCUCGAGGCGGCCGCAGACGACGACGACGACGAGAUGGACUGGCGCUGCGACACGCUGCUCCGCCUCUGAUUCAAAGCCGGUACCUGCCUGCCCGCCCGCCUUGCCUGCCUGGGUCGGCUUCCUGCUCCUGGACUCAUGACGGGGCCUAUGCCGCCGCUGCGUACUGCCGACCGACUGCUACUACGAUCCAUCUCCAUAGGUUUUGAUAUUUUUUUUGGUCUAGUUUUUGCCACGAAAGAUCUGAAUAUCUAUGUGAUAAUGUGAAUAAGUUUAUCAUCAUCAUCAUGUAUUCCACGGCCUGCUGCUAUUACGUUGAUAGUAUCAGCUAAUCAGAUAUGUAAUGGAAGAAGAAAGCAAGAGAAAUUUUUACA